UAAUUAUGUGACCAAAACACAUUCUGAUUUGAAACAAACCGGUGUUCAUUUGAAACCCUAAAAACCCAAACCAGAAAUCCACGAACACAAGAAGAUUAGUAGCGAGUUUGUCAUACGAAACUUGGGUAUCCAUAGCAUGUCGGAUCCGUACGAAAAAGCGAAAGGCGGCAGACUGAGCUUCAAAGGCGGAGGCUUGGCCUCUCGCAGCAAAGCCAUUGACAAAAAGAAGAAGAAGAAAAAGAAGGCCAACGAGGACACUGUGAUUGAAGAGGGUGCAGAGCUGAUGCAGCAGCAGGAGGUGGACGGUGACGGCGGGACCGAAGAAAUAUACACUAUCGAUGCCGCCAAGCGCAGGAAGUACGAUGACCUCUUUCCCGUCGAGGCAAAGAAGUUCGGUUACGACCCUAAAGCUAAGUCCAAGUCCGUCGAGGAGGCUCUUGAUGACCGUGUCAAGAAGAAGGCCGAUCGCUACUGUAAAUAAUCAGACGCUAAUCCAUCCAGGCUGUGUAGCAGGAGCAGUUUUUCUUGAAGGGCCUCUUACUUCUGCUCCAGUUCCUUUCUAAAAUCAUGCAGCAGUUCAAUGUCAUUAAUGUAACUCAACUUCUUAUCUUAUAUCAUGAAUGUUUUUUCUACAAA